CCCGCAGAGGAAAAUUCUCCAUGAAUGUACGUCACAAUGAUGAUGACCGACCAAAUCCCACUGGAGUUGCCAUCAUUGCUGAAUGGGGAAGUAGCCAUGAUGCCUCACUUAGUCAAUGGAGAUGGAACACAGCAAGUCAUUUUUGUUCAAGUUAAUCCAGGUGAAACUUUUACCAUAAGGGGUGAAGAUGGAACUCUUCAGUGCAUUCAAGGACCUGCAGAGGUACCCAUGAUGUCCCCCAAUGGAUCUAUUCCUCCCAUACAUGUGCCUCCAGGUUAUAUAUCACAGGUAUUAGAAGACAGCACAGGCGUUCGGAGGGUGGUUGUCACACCCCAGUCUCCAGAGUGCUAUCCUGCUAGCUAUCCUUCUGCCAUUUCUCCAACGCACCACCUACCACCAUACCUCACUCAUCAUCCUCAUUUCAUUCAUAACUCUCAUACAGCUUUCUACCCGCCUGUUACUGGGCCUGGAGAUAUACCACCUCAGUUUUUUCCUCAGCAUCAUCUUCCGCCUACCAUUUAUGGAGAGCAAGAAAUCAUAUAUGGAAUGUCAAGUUUCAUAAACAGGGAAGAUCAGUACAACAAACCGCAGCACAAAAAAAUCAAAGACAGGCAGAUCGAUCGCCAGAACCGCUUGAACAGCCCUCCAGCCAUCUACAAGAGCCAUCCAGCGUGUACGACGGUCUACAACGGUACCCUCAAGACUCAAAACGGGGCCACCAAUGGGGCAGGAGGCAUCGGAGGCAUCAGUGGAGGGGGAAUGCCAGUCAUCAAAAAGGCAGAACGCAGAGCAAGAAGCAGCCCCAAGACCAACGAACAGGAUUUUCAUGAAUGUGACACAGAAACAAAGAAGGUGCAAGAAGUGCUCUCUGGGAUUGAGAAACCACAGGUGUCAAACAUUCAAGCUAGAACAGUUUCGCUCACUUGGUCUCCUCCAAAUGGUCUUUCAAGUGAAGAUAGACUCAGCAAUGGUUUGCCUUAUACUUGUACUUACGAAGUUGCCUUAUCAGACAAAGGGAGGGAUGGAAAAUACAAAACAAUCUACAGUGGAGAAGAAUUGGAAUACAAACUGAAAGAUCUUAGGCCUGCAACAGAAUAUCAUGUCAGGAUACACGCUAUGUACAAUUCCGUGAAAGGAUCUUGCUCAGAACCCAUCAGUUUCAUCACCCGUAGCUGUGCUCCAGAAUGUCCUUUUCCACCUAGGCCUUCACACAGGACCAAAAACUCAUUGACUUUACAGUGGAAGGCCCCAAUUGACAAUGGUUCAAGAAUCACCAGCUACCUUUUAGAGUGGGAUGAAGGGAAAAGGAGCAAUGUUUUCAGAGAAUGUUACUUUGGGAACCAAAAACAUUACAAGGUGACAAAGCUGUGUCCUGCUGUGGGUUACACAUUCCGAUUAGCAGCUCAGAACGAGAUCGGCAUAAGUGGCUUUAGCCAAGAAGUUGUAUGCUACACUUCAGGAAACAUCCCUCAGACCCCUUCAGCACCAAGACUGGUCCGUGCUGGGGUAACGUGGAUCACACUGCAAUGGAAUAAAGCAGAAGGUUGCACACCAGAAGAAGUGAUUACCUACACCUUGGAGAUUCAAGAGGAAGAUAUUGAUAAUGCAUUUCAUCCAAGGUACACUGGAGAAGACCGAACCUGUACUGUGAAGAAUCUUAAAAGAAGCACACAAUACAAAUUCAGGCUGAUUGUCUCCAAUGUAGAAGGGAAAAGUAGUCCUAGUGAUGUCAUGGUCUGUACCACAAGCCCAGACAGACCAGGACCUCCCUCCAGACCCAUUGUUAAAGGGCCAGUAACAUCUCAUGGCUUCAGUGUGAAAUGGGAGCCUCCUCAGGACAACGGUGGUUCGGAAAUCCUAAAUUAUCUGUUAGAAGUUUCAGAAGGAAGCUGUGAAGCAAAUCAAUGGGAAGUUGCAUAUAGAGGACCUGCCACCGAAUGUACGUGUGCAUACUUGAAGCCAGGCACUUUGUACAAGCUCCGGGCAUGCUGUAUUAGCACUGGCGGACACAGUCAGUGUUCUGAAAGUUUACUUGUUCAUACACUCAGCAUUGCUCCAGACCAGUGUCAACCACCCAGAAUGCUUGGAAAACCAAAGCAUAAAGAAUUACAAUUGCAGUGGGAUGCUCCCCCUGUAUCAGAAAGUAGCAGUCAUAUCUCAGCAUACAGCAUAGAAAUGACUGGACCUGAAGAGGUGGUCUCAGAGGUCUAUCAUGGUCCAGAUCUUGAAUGUACUGUCAGCAAUCUUCUGCCUGGAACAACGUAUCAGUUCAGAGUGAGGGCUUUGAAUGAUGGAGGGUAUGGGACUUAUUCUGAAGCUGCCAAAAUUACCACAGUGGCUGGACCUCCAGGGCAGUGUAAAGCACCUUGCCUUACCUUCCUUUCUGAUUCAAGUGUACUUGUGAGCUGGGAGAGUCCUGAGAGUUUUGGCGCUGACAUCUCAGAAUAUAGACUGGAGUGGGGAGAAGACAAGGAGAAUUUAGAACUGGUGUAUACUGGCACAGCCAACUCCUUUGAAAUUGACCAACUUUCAGCCGCAGCACAUUAUUUCUGUAGACUGCAGGCAAUAAACCAGGCAGGAGCAGGAUCAUACAGUGACCUGGUAUCCUGCAGAGCCCCAGCGUCUGUUCCUGAGGCUGUAACCAUCCUCUACGUAUCAGAGGAUGAGCACCUGGAUACCUGUCCAAUGCCUGUUGUAUGCCUCGUAUUGAACUGGGAGGAACCGUGCAAUAAUGGCUCUGAGAUUGUAUCUUACAAUAUCGAACUGGGAGAUAGUAUUUUGUCAGUGGGAAAAGUCACAACUUAUGUAAUUGAGGAUCUGCCUCCAGAAACCACAUUUCGGAUCCGGAUUCAGGCCGUCAAUGAGGUUGGAGCUGGGCCUUUUAGCCACUUCAUUGCAGCAAAGACCCGGUCGUUGCCACCUUUACCCCCUCGGCUAGAAUGUACUGCAGCGGGUCCCCAAAGCCUGAAAUUGAAAUGGGGGGAGAGCAGCUCCAGACAGCACGCGACUGACGACAUGGUCUAUCUCUUACAAAUAGAGGACAAGAACAAGAGGUUUACUUCAAUCUAUAGGGGGCCUAGUCAUACUUACACGGUACAACGGCUGAUGGAAUAUACCAGCUAUUUUAGAAUACAGGCUGUAAAUGGUGCUGGGGAAGGGCCUUUCUCAGAAGUCUUUAGCUUCAGCACAACUAAAUCUAUCCCCCCUGUCAUAAAGGUAACACCUCGAGUGAGACAGUUAGAAGGAAACACCUGUGAAAUUGCUUGGGAAACUGCACCCCCAAUGAAGGGAGAUCCUGUGAACUACAUUCUGCAGGUCCUGGUUGGAAGAGAGUCUGAGUACAAACAGGUGUACAAGGGAGACGAGACAACGUACCAAAUCUCAGGCCUUCAGGUGAAUACAGAUUAUAGAUUCCGCGUGUGCGUUUGCCGCCGAUGCUUGGAUACCUCACAAGAACUCAAUGGACCUUUCAGCACUUCUGUUGCCUUUAUUCUCCAGCGGAGUGAGCUCAUGCUUACUGGGGAACUGGGAAGAACCGAUGACCCCAAGACUAAAUGUAUGAUGCCUUCUGAUGAACAGUUUGCAGCCCUCUUAGUCCUUGGCUUUGCAAGCGUCUCCAUCUUAUUUGCUUUUAUACUACAGUAUUUGUUUAUGAAGUAGAGAGUUCAACACAAGUAUCUGAGGUAUCGUUUUAAUUAAUGAUUCAUACUAUAAUCAAUAUGUUUUAUUCAGAUAGUCCUCUUUAUUUUUUCAGUGCAUUUGUUUCUGGUUAUUGUUGUUGUUUUUUAAAGGGUGACGGGGGGAGGGAAUGACAGUCCUAUUUAGAGAAUAAAAAUUGACGUUCAGGUGCACCUUUUGGACAUUCAAGGUUAGGAAAGUGGUUCAAUAUAUCUAAGCCAGAGACCAAAACAAAUAUUUUAACAUUUGGAUGUUCUGUCCCCUGCUCCUAUGAUUUUAUUCACUUGCUCGUUUUUAUUUUUAAUUUUCAGAAUGUAGAAAUGUAACCAGUUUGCCUUCACGUUUUUUUGCCUACUGCUAAACUUGUUGCAGUCUUUAAGUUGCAAGUUUAUUACAUUAGAGUAACCGCUUUAAGCUCCUCUGAAUCUGCAAGAUUUAACCAUCCUUAUGUAGUAGCAUUGCAGCUAAGCAUUCCUCAAUGCAUUUGUUGCACAAGUCAUUAAUUAUAAAUAUCACAUACGAUAUUCACUACAUUUAUUUUCUCCUCAACCCUCAUACCGCCAGUUUUGCAUUGUUUUUGCGUUAUUCCCAUACGGGGAGGGGAAAAAAUUAAUCUCAAUUAUGUAAUCAACUAUAUUUUUAGCACAUUUCAAUCCCGAUAAUUUAUCUUGCAACCUAAAGUCUUCUUUGAAUUGUAAACGUUUUACUCAAGCUGUUUGCGCACUAUAAAUUCCUGUAUAUCGAAUCUGAUAGCCAGAUAGCUUUAUCGAUGGAAAAGCAUUACCGUUUCUACCAUUUUCUUUAUUUUAUAGCAGUAAUUUUAAGAGGCAUUGUGCAAUAGUUAUUCCCCAUGUCCAGCUGUUUUUAUUUUGUUUAAAGAAAAGCUGCUUUUAACUAGUUUGUUUGCCUUUGUAUAUAAACUUACUUUUUAAUCCAAUCACUAGAUUUGUUAUAUUCAUCGUGAUCUUAUGUGUUUAUAACUGGCAAAAGCUUGCUGCCUUUGCUAUUUAAAUUAGAGUAUUACCUUUUACUAUAAGCAAACACUCAAUCAGUCUUGUUAAGAAAAAGGUCCACCUGCAUUUCAGUUUUGGAAAAAACAUAGUAAAUUCAUACAGGCAUCUCAGAUGCUAAAUACUGUAAUUAGAGCUGAUAUGAAAAGGUGCCAUUUCUUCCAUCUCCUCCUCCUCCUCUUCCUCCUCCUCCUCCUCCUCCUUAAUGGCAUUGCCUAUUACAAACUAUGUCAUGUAAUAUCCAUUCAUUUCCCUCUUCAAAUUCAUUAGCUGCUGCCUUCAGAAGUGACGGUGGGAGGGAGAUCAUAGUUCACAUGACAACACACUGCAUGUACUGUCCUAAUAAAGCAAAAGAAGCAUAACAGUGCUGUGUUGCAAAGCAUCAACCUCAAGCAUUAUUGAUAUUUCCAGAAUGCCUCUGAGAAGUUCUCCAGAACUCCUUUGACUGGCUGGUAGCUACAUACCAGUGCUGGGUUAUCUUCUGGCAAUUGGACGAUUGGCCACUAACAGUGUGUGAAUGCCUUUUAUUACACACUCAAAAUUCCAGAAAUGCUCACUAGCCCUCAAUUUUUGGAGAUUCCUGUGGGCAUGGCCAAAGGGGAAAAGACAAAGAGGAGAUGUGGAGCAGCUGGUUUCAGCAGCAGCUGCAGUCUUGACACCCAGCUCUAGAUUCAACUAGUCUUCAGAUCAUAAGGGUAGGGUGUGGUCCAUUGCAAACUUAGUGUCCUCCUGAAUGGGACGUUGCAUGUGCUUUUACAUGAUUGCCAAGGCACGUUCAUUCAGUCCAUCAAACCCUUGGUGGUUCUGUUGAUUUAAGGGGGAAAAAAAUAACCUUGGGUUAUUUUUAUGACGUCUAAGUGCCUCAGGGAUGUUGAGCAGGAGUUGUAAAGUAAAUUAUACGUGGAAAUGCACAGAGCUGUAACCCUUAGGAAUCUCUCCCAAAUAGUGUUGUUGCAAUUUGUGAAGCAUUGCUACAUAACUCUGUUCACUUCAAUCAAACAGAGGUACACAAUGAUAUGUUCCCUCCCCACAAAGCUUCAUAAAAGCCCCCCACCCCGGCAGAUAUUUCAAUGUUAUUUUUAAAGUACCAGAAUGGGGAGAGACUGGGGAGCCAUCAUAUCAGCUCUAUUUAAUCGUUAAGUCAAUUGAAAUAACACGUGCACCCUUUCCUUAAAAGCCUGUGCAGGAAAAACAAAAAAGCGAAUCCAUUCGGUUCCUAUUCUAGCUCUGCAUGAAUUGAAAGAGUUGUCGUGAAUUGUGUCCCAGGCUUUGCGUCCUCUUGCAUUCAAACAAACAAAUAGUUCUGCAUAUUUUUUUUAAUCUUCUUUGGGUUUGGCUUGCAUUGUACUUCUUUUUUGGUCUUCUCUUUUGCUAUGACACAAGGCAGCGCGAUGGCUCAGUGGUUAAGAUGCCGGGUGUGUUGGCUGGAAAGCCAACAUUCCGGGUUUGAAACCCGAGCAUCCCGCAACGGGAUGAGUACCCAUCUUUGCCUAGCUCCUGCCCACCUAGCAGUUCGAAAGCAUGCAAAUGCAAGUAGAUAAAUAGGUACCACUUCGGUGGGGAGGAAACGGUGCUCUGCAACAUCAUGCUAACCAUGGAAAUGUCUUCGGACAGCGCUGGCUCAACAGCUUUGAAAAGGGGAUGAGCGCCGCCCCCUAUAGUUGACAACUAUAUAGUUAAAAUCUGCAGGGACUGCUUUCCUUCCUUCCUUUGCUAUGAUACAGUGUCCUUUAUUAUUCAUUCAUUCCCAUAACCAAAGUAAUGGGGAAACCAAUAUUAUUUUUGUUUUAGGAUUAUUUAUACUAUAUACUGCAUUCAGUACUUUAAAAAGCCAAUUAAAGUGCAAUCUCAUUAUUUAUUGUAAAAAUGAAAAUAAAAAAUGUACUUAUGUACUAAAUCUCUCCCCUUAUCCCACCUCUGACCCCGUAGCAGCAUACUAUUUUUUUUUCCUAUUUUGUUUUAUGUAAGUAUAAUUUAGGUAAACUAUUUUCAUUCCCCAGCACCAUUCCUAGUAUUAACCUUCUUAUAGUAUAUUGUAUGUUUUAAAAUGGGAGUGUUUUAUGAAUUGCCAAAAAAGAAGAAGAAAUAAAUGUACCCAUUAUUUCCUGCGCACAAAUAAACAACCUUGCGGGGACCACAUCCAUUCCAUCUGCGGUACAUUAAAAACAAUCAUCUUCAAAGUUUACAUGUAGCCAAAAAAAAAAAAAUCAUAAGCAUCUUUUGAAAUAAUAGUUUGAAACUGAUUAUUCUGUGUGCCUCUCUUGAUGUAGCAAACUAGUACAAAGGUUCUCUUGUUUUUUUUCCUUUCCUAAUGUUAGUAUGCAUAUUUGCCUAGCAAACAAAUGAUAUUGAGCUAUUUUCUUUCUUUUUU